AUGACCAAGGAAAAGUGUGGGUCCCUGGAGAGGGUUCCAGAAGCCUUUGUGGAGGUGACUGUGUAUUCAAACGAAGGGCCGUGUUCAUUUGUGGGCCGUCGUCAGAGAGCCUUAUACAGGAACGUCAUGCAGGAGAACUAUGGGACCAUGGCCUCGUUUGGAGGGUUCCCUAUUCACUCCUCUGAGCUGCUCUCCCGCCUGGAUCGAGGGGAAGAGGCCUGGGUCCCGGAUCUCCAGAGCUCUGAUGAAAGUGCAGACGAGGGCCCAGUUAAGCCGACGUUGAAGCGAUUGCCAAAGGGAAGGACUUGGUGGGAUCGGUACCAAAGUCCUGUGUCCUACCCCAGUUCAGACUCCACAAAUUCAGGUAGUGAACAGGAGAGUGAAGGUGAACAAGAGAAAUCUCAGCGUGCAGGUCACAGGCUGACAAUACUUCACAGAAACCUAUUGGACAAUUCUAGAGGGAAUGGAUCCUACAGCCUGAAGCCAAGAGAGAUCUGUAAGAUUGGGCCUCAGUUGAAGAAACCUCCACGAAGCCAGCUGGGAAAAGUAAAGAGCAAUUUGACAGAAUUUGGUGACGUCAAUGAGAGCACAGCCAAAGAGAAGGCUGCAGGAGAGGAGCAUGAGUACCCUUGCCCUCACUGUGUCCAGGCCUUCAAGUCAAAAUUAUCCCUUUCAAAUCACAAGAGAAUACACUCUAGAGAGGGGGCCUAUAAAUGCUCUUCCUGUGGAGAAAGGUUCACUGCCUUAAAAGCUCUUGCUAGUCAUCAGAGAAGUCAUGCCGGAGAGCGGGGUUAUAAACAUCCCAGCGAUGGUAUGAAGCAUCAAAGAGUGGAUCCAAGAAAGGGGCCUUAUCAAUGCCCUGACUGUAAGAAAUGUUUUAAGGUGAAGGACCACCUAUUACUCCAUCAAAAGAGCCACACAGCAGAGCGACCGCAUAAAUGCCCUGAGUGUGGGAAAAGCUUCAUUCGAAAGGAACAUCUUAGCAGACACCAAAAAAGCCACCUAAAGCUGCCAUCCAAUGAACAUCCUAAGAAUGAGAAGGAUGCAAGAGUGGAAAGUUCACCAAAAGUUCUUGAUGAAAAGAAACCUUCUAGAACCCCUGUCUCUGAGCAAACCAUCUCAUUGGACACCAUGAGCAUCGGACACCAGGGAAUCGACAUCAGCCUCUACAAAUGCCAGUUCUGUGGGAAAUGUAUGCGGUCUAAGUGUUUGCUCAUUGAUCAUGAGAGAAUCCACAGGGAACAGAGGCGCUAUAAAUGUUCCCAAUGUAAGAAAAGCUUCUGUUAUAAUUACCUGUUGCUGGCACACACGAGCCAGUCAACCUGCAAACCUCCUAAGAAGAUGAAAAGAUCGAGUGCAAAGAGGUCUCCCUCCAAUUCCAGAACCUUCCGCAAGGCAAAACAUUCCUCUAAAGUUCAAACGGGUCAGAAAAUCGUCACUCACAACAGUCGCCUCACUCAACGCCGAAGAAGCAGGAUGGCGGAAAAGCUCUAUGAAUGCCAAUAUUGUGGGAAAUUCUUGAGUACAAGUGGUAUUCUUGCUGAUCAUGAGAAGCUCCACACAGGACAGAGACCCUAUAAAUGUCAUGAGUGUGAAGAAAGUUUCAUUAGAAAACACCAUCUUAUUCGACACCAGGAGACCCACACAAGACAAAAACCCAUUAAGUGUAGCAAGCAUGUCAGAAGAUUGAUGAGGCGUCACCUCACUGCACCUGAAACAAUCCACACAGGGUUGAAGCCUUAUGGAGGCCUAAGCCGUGCAUGCACCAUCACUCGCAAGUCAUACCUUGACAAGCAAGAGGAAUUAAACGCAGAGGACAAGCUCUUUAAAUGUCAGUAUUGUGGGAAGCGCACGACAACAAAGAGCGCAUUUGUCAAUCAUGGUAAAAUCCAUCGGAGGGGAAAGAAGCCUUAUAAGUGUUUGAAGUGUGGGAAAGCCUUCUUUUGGAAGAACGAACUUACUUCCCAUGAGAAAAGCCAUCUGAGAAAAAAGCUCCCUAAAUGUUCAGACUCUGACAAAAAAAUUACCCCCCAAAAUCGCUCCUCCUCCCUCCAGCAUGGGCACAAAAGAAAGCUACCAUGUUUAUGUCUUAAAUGUGGGAAAAGCUUUGAUAGUAACUAUUCCUUCACCAGGCACCAGCGAAUCCAUACACCACAAAAGCGCUUCAAAUGUGCUGUGUGUGGAAAAGGUUUCGUUCAGACAUGGCAUUUGAAGAGGCAUGAGGGAAUCCAUGUGAAAGAAAAAUCCCAUAAACAGCCUAUUGUGGUUGAGGUAAACCAUCAAAGGACCCGCUGGAAGAAAAAACCCUUCAAAUGCACUGUGUGUGGAAAACGUUGCAGUCACAUGUGGCAUUUCGACAAACAUAAGAAAACCCACCUGAAAGAAGAAUGCGAGAAAGAGUCCAUUGUGGCUGAGCUAAACCAUGUGUUUUCCAGUUUCACAAAUGGCAUCUCGUCUGAGGAGAAAGAUCAGGAGGAUCCUGUUAUCUGCAAAACAGAAGAAUGCGGAGCUCUUGACGUCCGUGAGAAAACGAAGCCUCUCACUUCGCCAUCGACGCCUGAAAGUAACACUCAGCAGGGCUGCAGAAGAAUUCAAGUCGCAAAUGAACUCCAAAACGCAGCUCUGCAGAAUUUGGGGACGGCAGCCAUUGGUCAGCAACCAGAGGCGCAACUAACGCCGUCGGGAACAGCAGGAAAACCCAUUCUCCAGAGUUGCAGGGAGGAAAGUGGCUGCGUUGAACCACAUACAACACAUUCCCCGAAGAAAAAGGUUGUUGCUAGUCAGCAUCGAUCAGUAAAAACACAGGCUAAAUAUGGGUGCAAGCAGUGUAAGAAAUCCUUCAUCAAUAAAAGAAAUCUUUUGGUUCACAAGAAAAGCCAUGUGGGGAACAGAUCCUUUCCGUGCACUCAGUGUGAGAAAAGCUUCUGUGCUGUUCAAUCCCUUAAUGUUCACAUGCGAAUCCACAUGGGGAAAAAGUCAUUCAAAUGCUCUGAGUGCGAGUUCUCCUGCAAUGUGAGUUCUAAUCUCACCAGGCACAAGAGAACCCACAGCCAAGGGAGACCCCAUCCAUGCCUACAGUGUGGGAAAAGUUUCUGGUUCAGCCAUAGCCUUGCCGCCCAUUUGGGGACCCACAGCAAAAACGAGACUUACCUGUGCUCAGACUGUGGGCGAACGUUUAAGCACAAAAACUUGCUCAAGCUGCACAGGAGGUACAAACAUGAUUCAGAAGCUGCCGAAUUAGCUCAUUCAAAUGAAGAACCUUCUUCUGGGGAGCACUAG